AUGUCGGAUGAAAGAAUAGAUAGGGUGACAGAUGAUCCUUCUGAUGGACCCACAACAAGACAUCCAAAGGUGUCAGAUCUGGCGAUCGUGAUGGCCAUAAAACAGAACUCUUAUGUUCAUUUCAGUGGCAUGGGGAUUCCAUAUACAGCCAAUCACGUGCAGAAUACAUACCACCACGCCAAGAUUACCGUUUGCUGCGGAGUGGAAAUUAAAAGGCUAUCUGUUCCCCGAUGGAUUGAAAAUGGCACGGAAAGUUCCAUCACUCUAGACUGCGAAUAUAUAUACAAUGAAAACGACAUACGUCUUGUGGUGAAAUGGUUUUUUGAAGAGAAUUUGGAACCUGUAUAUCAAUGGAUCCCAGAACUAGGGGUUCGACACACUUCCGGCAUCCUGAAUGGAAGACUCGAUCUCGACUAUGCCGUCAACACAGUGGACGCUUAUUCUAGGUACAGGGCGCUAAAGAUUUCCCAGCCUUCCACAGAACUUAGCGGGAAGUACACAUGCCUCGUCACAUCUCUUGCCGGACAGGACUCACGGGCUCAACUUAUGACAGUAUUUGUUCCAGCUCAGACUGUGGAUGUCAAGUACCACAGCACUUCCAGCCACCUGAACGUCAGUUGUGAAGCAAAAGGACUUUUUCCUCGACCGAAAUUGCAGCUUUACAGAAUACUGAGCAUGGACAGAUCGCCAGCAGUCGUAAAAGAUGUUCAGACAUCCACGACGAACUCUAAAGAUUUGUAUAAUGCUUACCUGCACAGGAAUUUCGAACACAAAGAGUUGUCCUCUCCAGGAACUGCUGGGUUUGAAUGUGUUGUCGAAAUACCAGGCACAAAUUAUCAAAUGAAGAAACGAGUGACCUACUAUGCAGGUAUGUCACAAUUUACUUGUGUCCCUUGGCCGACAAUGUCUCAAUUAAAAAAUAGCAAUACUGAGGAUCUUACUGAGAUAAUUAAGAGUGAUAGUAAAGAUGAUACUGUUUCAGUUCUCAAGCAAAUGAGUAGUGUUGUAGAGAUAUUAAGAGAAAAACGUGUUCCGAAGAUGUUAGCUGAGUCCUUGAGUAAUGGAACUAUAUUUAUUUCGGAAUGGGUAUCCAAGAGAUACUUAGAUCAAGUUAAUAGUUAUAAACACGAAGAGUUAGAAGACAAAUUAGAUCGUGUCUUGGAUGGAAUUGCUGAUUUUCGGGAUAGAUUUAGUGUUGAUGAGAAGAAUAAGGAAAAUGAAUGA